AUGAAUCUACAAAUUAUCAUCGCGACACUUUUCGCUACAGUGGUUACUUGUGGUACUGCGACCGUCGAUCAUGGUAAAAUCGAACCCUUUCCUCAACCCGAGCCGGUCACGAUCUCUGAGAACGCUGCUAUCAAGUUCAAGCCGCAAUUACCACUGAUGGCCUGA